AAUGCCAAGAGAACCAAUCAAAAAAGCUUUCUCUGAUCGAUUCUCGUGGCAUUUAAUCAUGAUUAAAAUUUAGCAGACUUGUGCAGCCAGUCUUUAGUAUUUCACAUACAUGGCACAUAAAAGUAUGAUACUUUGGAUCACAAAAACAAGAUAGAUACAGAUAUAUUUCUAUUAUAGUAAUAAAUUGGAUAUGGAUAUUGUUUAUAAUUUCAUCUAUUGAGUAUCGUGAAAAUAUGUUUUACCAGAGACAAGGUAUCUUUAAACGGUAUUUCUAUUUUUACUCCAUGGUUUCACGUCCUAAAUAUGUCGUGUUUUAUAUUUAUAGGCGCAAUGUGGGAUUAUAAUGGAACUGGCAGCUGUUCGAAAGAGGGUAGUGGCAAUUUCAAAUGUCCAGACUGUUUCAAAUGCUACAAGUACAGGAGUGGCCUCUACACGCAUCGCAAGCUGGAUUGUGGAAAGGAACCGCAGUUUCAGUGCAAUAUUUGCUAUAAGAAAUUCACAAGGAAAGAUACUUUGGCCACUCAUACCAUUUACAAGCACCGGAGCCUCAUGGUCAGUUAUGCUCCUUGAAUCUUGAUAGAGGUUUGAGCAGUGGGUGACGAGGAACAAGGAGAAUAAAACUGUGAACAAGAAGUGAGGAGAAGGAUGGAAGAGAAGUCGUCGAAGAAAAGAAGAAGAUUGAAACUGAAACUGAGGUUUCAGUUUUUUAUUAUAUUUUAUAUUUAAUACAGGUUUUAUAUUUACUAAGAUCAAACAAUAUCUGAUUUGACGUUUUCAUGUUAUGAUUACAAAAUCGUUAAGAAACUAUUCGAAUAUAUUAUAUUACUCAAUUUCAAUAAAUAUAUUUGGGUAGUUACUGCAAUAAAAACAGCUCUUGGUUACGUUAACUCAGCCUAUUCUCAGUAUUCUCCACAUAUACUAUAAUGAUUUAUAUAUUAAGGGUACUGAACAGUUUUUUUAUUCAUUUGUAUUAAUGAAUUAUUAAGGUUUUUGUUUGAAUUAUUCAUUGAUCUAGUAUUUUUUCGUAAAUUUUUAAUGAAUCCAUGCAUUUUGUCAUAAGUCCAUAAUUGAUUCAACUACAUUUAAUUUUUCUUGCAUUGCGGAAAACAAAGGGUUCAAAGGUUUUUUGGGCAAUAAAGGUGGUUCAAAUUUGGCA